GUACACCAGAAAAUUUCUUGCUUACCGGCAGGAUAAGAAAUAAAAACAAAACAACAACAUGGCUGAGUAUUUGGCGUCCAUUUUUGGCACUGAAAAAGACAAAGUAAAUUGUUCUUUUUAUUUUAAAAUUGGUGCCUGCCGUCAUGGUGAUCGCUGUUCACGCAUCCACAACAAACCGACAUUUUCACAGACGGUGUUGCUGCAGAACCUCUAUGUCAACCCACAAAAUUCUGCCAAAUCGGCCGACGGUUCACAUUUGGUGAAGAAUGUAUCAGACGAAGAAAUGCAAGAGCAUUAUGAUAAUUUCUUUGAAGAUGUAUUCGUCGAGUGCGAGGAUAAAUAUGGCGAAAUUGAAGAGAUGAAUGUUUGUGACAAUUUGGGCGAUCAUCUGGUGGGUAAUGUCUAUAUAAAAUUUCGCCAAGAAGCCGAUGCUGAAAAGGCGGCAAAUGAUCUGAAUAACAGAUGGUUUGGUGGACGGCCAGUCUACUCAGAAUUAUCGCCGGUGACUGAUUUUCGCGAAGCCUGUUGUCGCCAAUACGAAAUGGGUGAAUGUACACGUUCGGGGUUCUGCAAUUUCAUGCACUUGAAACCGAUUUCACGAGAGCUGCGCAGAUAUUUAUAUUCACGUAGACGUCGUUCGCGUUCACGCUCCCGUUCACCACGCCGCAGACGUUCUCGUUCCCGCGAUCGUCGUGAACGUGACAGAGACAGCCGUAGAGGACGUUAUUGAUGGAAUCUUCCCCGCUGAA